GAGACGCCUCCACGUCAAUGGAACCCUCACACAGUACCAGUCAGAAGUUCUUUUAUUAUUUUCUACAUUAUAGAUUCAUAUAGAACACAUCAGAACUAUGAUACACACAUGGACUCAUGUAAUAAACAAAAAGUGAUGAAACUAACCUGAAUAUGUUUUAAACAAUGAUCCAGCAGAUCAAAAGUGACCAUCAGGAGACCAACACAUGAGGCUUUGUUGACUGAGAGACAGAACUAACCUUCACACAGAUCCAGAUCUUUAAUAAUGCAGUCAGCAAAAGAGGGACACGUCACCCCGGAGGUUCUACAACAUGAAGGAUUCCAGAUAAAAAUAAUAAAAAUAAAAGAAGAAGAUGAUGAUGAUGAGGACUAUGAUUUCUUCUGUGAAGGAUCUUUAAUUCCUGUGGAACAAGUCAUGGAACUCUUCUCUCCAGUGGACCAACAGUGUGGAGGUUUCCAACUAAAGCCUGUGAAGGAAGAACCUGAAGAUACAGAUGAACUCAAACUGAACAAGGAUUUCUCCUGCUCCUCGUGUCCACGUUCCUCUACAACCAAAAAUCACCUGCACAAUCACAUCAAGAGCUGCAACCAUGAUAAAUAUGAGACUCUGGUGAAGAUUAAGACUGAACAUGAGGAUCUGACGCCCACCAGAAGCUCCAGUAAUCAGCAAACGUCCUCUGGUACUGUCAGCAUUAACACCUCUCUCAGUCCCACACAGGAAGAAGGAAACAUCUGCUCACAGUGUGGGAAGAGCUUUAGGUUCCAGCGUGAUCUCAAAAUACACCAGCGUGUUCACACUGGAGAGAAACCGUAUCAGUGCUUGCAAUGUGGGAAGAGCUUUAGUACACAGAGUAAUCUCAACAAACACCAGCGCAUUCACACUGGAGAGAAACCAUAUCAGUGCUCACAGUGUGGAAAGAGCUUCAGUCAACAUUGUCAUCUCAAAACCCACCAGCGCAUUCACACUGGAGAGAAACUGUAUCAGUGCUCACAGUGUGGGAAGAGUUUUAAUACACAGAGUUAUGUCAACAAACACCAGCGCAUUCACACUGGAGUGAAACCAUAUCAGUGCUCACAGUGUGGGAAGAGUUUUAAUAGACCAAGUUAUCUUAAAGAACACCAGCACAUUCACACUGGAGAGAAACCAUAUCAGUGCUCUCAGUGUGGGAAGAGUUUUAAUACACAGAGUUAUCUCAAAAUCCACCAGCGCAUUCACACUGGAGAGAAACCGCAUCAGUGCUCGCAGUGUGGGAAGAGUUUUAAUCAACAGAGUGGUCUCAAAAAACACCAGCGCAUUCACACUGGAGAGAAACCGUAUCAGUGCUCACAGUGUGGGAAGAGUUUUAAUCAACAGAGUUAUCUCAAAACCCACCAGCGCAUUCACACUGGAGAGAAACCAUAUCAGUGCUUACAGUGUGGGAAAAGUUUUAAUACACAGAGUGAUCUCAAAACCCACCAGCGCAUUCACACUGGAGAGAAACCGUAUAAGUGCUUACAGUGUGGGAAGAGUUUUAAUGCACUGAAUGUUCUCACAACCCACCAGCGCAUUCACACUGGAGAGAAACCGUAUCAGUGCUCACAGUGUGAGAAAAAUUUUAAUCAACAGAGUCAUCUCAACAAACACCAGCGCAUUCAUAGUGGAGAGAAACCGUAUUAUUGCUCACAGUGUGGGAGCUGCUUUGCUCAUUUAACAACAUUUAAGAAACACAAGUGUGACACAUUCAAUUGAACCAAAUAAACGAACGGUUUGAUUUUUAAUACCACAUUCCCAAAUCAAUCACCAAGUGUUCCUGUUAAUGUAGCAGCAGCUGUAAUGUUUAGCAUGUACGCCUGUUUCUUUUUAUUUUAAUAAAUGAACCCACAGUCUCUGCAGUCGGGUGGUACAGUGGCUUAGCAGGGUUUCCUCACACCUCCCAAAAACAUACCAGUAUGUGGACUGACUGAUAUACACUGAU